AUGAAUGAAAAGAAAGAUGAUAAACCUAUAGAAAUGCCAUCAAGAGGUCGUCCCCGUAAAAAGUACCAUAAUAUAGAUUCUGUAUUUAAUAAUGAUUUUAUGCAUAAAAGCAUGUACAACUCUUCUAUGGGAUUUGAUACAAGUACAGAAGAAAUGAGUUUAGGAAGCAUGUGUCCUUACAAUACAAGAGAUGAUAGUAAAUUAUUAGAACAAUUUAAUAAAAUAGGAGAUGUAAUAAAUAAAAGAAGUGAUCAGAAUGUAGUUAAUAAAAUAGAUGAAUCUAAGAAAGAACAUCCAUUUAAUAUUACAGAUGACUCUUCACAAAUAAAUCCAAGAGAUAUACAAAACAGUCAUAAUUCUUUUAUCGAUUCUUCUAUAAAUAGUGAAGACAAUAUAAAAAAUAUAAAUCACAAGAUGAGAACCCCAAUCUUCCAGUACCCACAAUCGCCCUUUCAAUAUUCUCAUCCAAAAAUGCCUUUUUCUCAAUUUGAAGAUUAUAAUAAGAAUUUCUUCUGUAAACAAGAUCCUUCGGAUAUUGAAGAUAAAAGAUCUAUUUAUUACGAACACAAAAUACCAUCUUACUAUACUAAUUUUAGACCUGUAUUGAAUACAUCUAACUUUUUUAAUCCUUCUCAAAAUUAUAUUAGACCUCAGUCAUUCUAUCGGCCACCAGAUGAUUUUGACAGCCCAUGGGGCUACAAAAAAAAGAGAAAAAAUAAUCCUAUUUUAUGGCAAUAUGUUAAAAAUUCUAAUGAUAAUUACCAGUCAAUUAUACACCCGUCAAAAUAUUCUAGUUUAGAUUACAUUCAAGGAACAGAUAUUUUUAAUAGAAGAGGAAUGAAUGAACGAGAGUGUAAUAAUAGUGUAUUACCUUUAUUUUUAAACUCUAAUAAGGAGUUAAAUGACGAAUACAAGCAAAUAAUAAAAAAUUUCCAGAAAAGAGUUAAAGAGCUUGAUUUUACAAAUGUGACUGUACAUCAAUUAAAACUUCUAAUGAGAGAAUUUGGUUUAAAUCAUACAGGUAAAAAAAAUGAAUUAAUUGAAAGGGCUAAACAAACUCUUAUUAAAAUUGAUGUGGCUUGUAAUGCAGCACAUAAGAAAGUUAAUGAAGAAAAUAAAAGUGAGGAACAAAUUGAUGAAGAAUAUGAAAAUGUGUUUUUUUAA